ACGAUUGGUGUUUUACCCAAUCGGACAUGUUGAAUUUGUGCACGAGUUUUCAUCGCAUUUGGUUUCUGAUGCGCUCUUUUUUAAACAUCAGUGUAACCUGUUGUUUGUCGUAAGUGAAAACAUGGAGCGGAACAAAAAAAGGGAGUGAAGCAUUAGUACCGCUGCCGAGCAGAUGGCUACACGGAUGACUAUCGAUGAUGCACCGUGCCUUACGGAGGCAUCAUGCUCAUCCAGUGCUCCUGCCUCCCUGUGAGGACCUUCUCAGCGUGUCGCUGCCUAAACUCUCCUAAAAGACGCAGCUCCUACAGUUUAGCGGUCAGUGAGCGCUACUCCUCUCUGGUGAAGUCCGUCAUGUCCUCCAGGGUCAGUUCCCAAACCCCAGAGACCCUCCAGGCGGAAGACGACCACAUCUACGGACCUGUUGUCAAAGCUCAAACGCCCUCAUCUAAACCAGAGAUGAGGGAACCUAAGACCCUUCAUCCAUUCAUCCUAUCUGAGAAGACUCUAGAGACAGAGGAGCCGGAGUCAGGACUUCCAGCUCGGAUUCUGUUGAAGAGGGGCCAAGGAGGGUCCUCAGCACCGAGUGUGACCCGCAUCCUUCAGCAGACCCUCUCCCCAGAGCAGAGAUUCUACCUGGAGAGGUGGAAGAGGAGGAUGAUCGAAGAGCUUGGAGAAGAUGGCUUCAAAGAGUACUCUCAGAAUUUAUUCAGACAAGGCAAGCUUUUCCAUUCCACUUUGGAUGACAUCCUGGCGUCAGGCGCAACACAGAAGAACAAACCUCCUGUGGAGACAGCAGAGCAUCCCGCUGAGGUUCAGGGAUACGUGGAGAGCGUCUCUCACAUACUGGAAGAUGUCAGUGCAGUGAGAGCGAUUGAAAGCACCGUAAACCACGACACCUUGGACUACCUGGGAAUUGUGGAUUGUGUUGCCCGCUACAGAGGUGUUCUAUGUGUUAUUGACUGGAAGACUUCAGAGAAGCCCAAGCCAUUCCUGAGCAACACAUACGACAACCCUAUUCAAGUGGCAGCGUAUGCUGGGGCUUUGAACAAUGAUGGAAACUACAAAUACCAGGUUGAUCAUGGACUCAUUGUAGUGGCUUACAAGGACGGCUCGCCUGCCCACGCUCACCAGCUCAGCUCAGAGCUGAUGCUGCAGUACUGGAGGACCUGGUUGCUGCGACUUGAAAAGUUCACAGAACAGAGAUCCGGUGAUACGUCUACAGCUGUUUCAGAAAAGAGUUGAGGUGUUUGAAAGGAGAUCUGCUGGUGCAUUUCCAUGAGGCAGGUUAUUUCAGUUUAAGGCAACUGAACCUCUUUCAAUGCUGUAGGAGGACAAAAACCAUCAGCUUCUACCCGACUUAUUGACCUGCAUUUUCAGCUCAUCUUUGCCUCUGUGCUCUGGCAGAGUGUACAGCAUCCCCAUGGCACACGAAACAUACAUCAGGAUCCAGGACACAGGCCUUCGUUCUGCAUCCAGCACGCAGCAGGGGGGGAAGUUUGCGAUCAUGUUGCGGAUCAUCCUCACAGCCUCGUCAUCAUUUGCGAACUUCCAUGUCUGACCCACCAGGCCAACAUGGGAUUCAUCCAGAGAGCCGAGGGAGACUCCUGAGCUGAACAUAACAGAGAGCAGAAUUAUUGACAACCUGUGAUGAUAAUGACCUGUCUACAGAAUUAAGAUGUAAUUGCUUGGAUAGGCUCUACCUUUCUAUAGAGGGAAGCCUGGAUACAUCUUCUAAUAUCAUCAUGUGACACACCCAGGUUUUUGCUGGACACACGUUUUUCUGAUGCCACUGCAUUGAAUAUGUCCAUGUGCUGCAGGCUGAUAGCUUGGACAGAAGAAAAUAAGUUUAUUUUUUGUAAAAUAAUUUCCACUGUUAGAAAUUAUUUCCACCUUGAUUUGAAACUUUAAUUAUGCAAAUGUUGAAUGAAUAUUUAGAAGACAGAAAGAUCAAAACAUUGAUGUGAUGUCUGUUUCUCUUCUGAGCUUUGCUUUUACAGGCCCACCUUAUUUAAACCCAAUAAUGGUACUGAGCUACUGAUCUUUGACCUCAUAACCUUUUGAAGUGUCGGAAUAUGACAGAAAAUGGUAUCAUAUCUUUUUCAGAUCAUUAAAUGAUAUGCCACCAACAAUGGGAGGACUUUGACAGUAAGGAAGGAGAAGCAAAGUUUAAAACACAGCUACAAUUGUACCUUAACUUCAGCAAUGUAACAGAAAUCAGGUGUCUGGGUUAUGGAACUUAUUUCUUAUUGAUAUGUCUUGUCAUUUAGUGGAAAAUUCAAUAAAAAUGCAAAGAUCAGUACAUUAUAAUGUCAUGAUAGUAUUUCUUUCACUACAUAAGGCUGUAAAGAUCACCGGCAAAAAAAAUGACAGAAUACAUUUUUAAGCGAUGUAAAGUUUCUUUGAGCAUUAUACAUUUU